AUGACCCGCUUGUGGUCAGACAAGGGAAAACUAGCUCGAUUUCCCAACCUGUCCUUUCAGAUGUUCUCAUUCAUUCUCCACUUGACUGUCGAGGCGCAGCAAUCCUACUACUCAGAGCUCAUUCUGAGGAGCAGCGACCCUUCCCCACCAGCAGUAACAGCGAGCCCCCUCCAGUAUAUGAAGCUGAAACGGAGGAUUCAGCUGAGUGCCAAGUCAGAGCUCAGCCCUGGACUAGUGGGCACAUUCUUUACCGGCCAGCCCAGGAGUCCUCACCGUCCCACGCUGCUACAUUCCCUGCUGCCUCCAAAUAUGCCCAUGUCUCCAACAUCCUUUAAAAAAUCCUCAUUUGCUCCUACCAUUCCUGUUAGCAACUAUUAUGUUCCAGCAAUUCUAGUUCUGUAUUUCCAACGUUUCCUUGGAUGGGAGGAUAAUCUGUCUACUGCCAUCUAUCACACAUUUGUUGCUCUAUGCUAUCUAACACCAAUCCUCGGAGCUCUCAUCGCUGACUCGUGGCUGGGAAAGUUCAAAACAAUCAUCUCGUUGUCCAUUGUUUAUGCUUUGGGGCAAGUAGUCAUUGCCAUAAGUUCCAUUAAUGACCUCUCCGACGCUAACCGUGAUGGACAACCUGAUAGCAUUGCUUUACACGUAACUUUGGCUAUGGUGGGGCUUGUUCUGAUUGCUUUUGGUACCGGUGGAAUAAAACCUUGCGUGUCGGCAUUUGGUGGAGAUCAGUUUGAAGAAAAUCAGGAAAAACAAAGAAACAGAUUUUUUUCCAUCUUUUAUCUGGCCAUCAAUGCUGGAAGUCUGAUUUCUACAAUCGUAACUCCCAUACUCAGAGUUCAAGAGUGUGGCAUUCAUAGCAAACAAGCAUGUUAUCCCUUGGCAUUUGGAGUUCCUGCUGCUCUGAUGGCCAUUUCUUUAUUUGUGUUCAUCAUUGGCAGUAGCAUGUACAAGAAGGUUCGACCUCAGGGCAAUAUAUUGUCUAAAGUUGCCAACUGCAUUGGUUUUGCAAUUAAGAAUAGAUUUAAUCACCGGAGUAGAGAAUUCCCAAAGAGGGAGCACUGGCUGGAUUGGGCUAAAGAAAAAUAUGAUGAGCGGCUUAUUACCCAAAUAAAGAUGGUCACAAGGGUGUUGUUGCUGUAUAUUCCUCUCCCAAUGUUUUGGGCUCUGUUUGAUCAACAGGGCUCAAGAUGGACUCUACAAGCAACAACCAUGAAUGGAAACUUUGGAGCAAUUGAAAUUCAGCCUGAUCAGAUGCAGACUGUGAAUGCCAUCCUGAUUGUUAUCAUGGUACCAAUUGUAGAUGCCGUGGUUUAUCCUUUAAUUGCCAAGUGUGGGUUAAAUUUCACGGCCCUGAGGAAGAUGACAACGGGCAUGUUCUUAGCUUCUAUGGCGUUUGUUGCGGCUGCAAUUGUGCAACUGGAAAUUGAGAAAACUCUUCCAGUCUUUCCUACAAGCAAUGAAAUCCAAGUUCAGGUACUGAAUGUAGGCAAUGAACCCUUAUAUGUAUCUUUUCCUGGACAUGGUAUGGACUUACAAGUGAACCAGUCCAGCGGCUUCCAGACUUUGGAAGCCAGUAUCCCACCAAAUAUAAACAUUACUUAUGGGCAGCAACACUACACAAUUCCAAAUAACUUUGAAGAGGGCUAUCGCCACAGUAUUCUAGCAUGGGAUAUCAACAACAUUGUUGUGCUGCGAGACAGCAUUAAAAGCAAGCCAGAAAAAGGAGAAAAUGGAAUCAGGUUUGCCAAUGCCUUGAAUGAAACCAUCACUGUCAGCAUGGAUGAAGCACUCUAUGAGAAUAUCACCAGUUACAAUGCCAGUGAUUAUAAGUUUCUUCCUUCCGGCAUAAAACUUAUCCGCGUUUUAGGGAGAUGUGAAAGUCCUUCUCCAAGACUUGAAUUUGGCAGUGCAUAUACUUAUGUGAUAACAAAGUGUGAUGCCAACGGCCUAGAAUUCAAGAGUUUUGUAGAUGUCCCACCCAAUACAAUCAAUAUGGCUCUACAGAUCCCACAAUACUUCCUUCUGACCUGUGGCGAAGUUGUCUUCUCUGUAACUGGCUUGGAGUUCUCAUAUUCACAGUCUCCUUCCAACAUGAAGUCAGUACUUCAAGCAGGCUGGCUGCUCACGGUGGCUUUUGGGAACAUCAUUGUUCUUAUUGUGGCUGGAGCAGGCCAGUUCAGUAAACAGUGGGCUGAGUACAUUCUCUUUGCUGCGCUUCUAUUGGUUGUUUGCUUUAUAUUUGCCAUCAUGGCGUAUUACUACACCUACGUCAAUCCAGCGGAGAUUGAAGCCCAGUUUGAUGCUGAAGAUGAGAAAAAAAAGAAGCUUGGAAAAAUUGGGGGUGUAUCCGAUGCAUAUGAAAAACCUAACUCAUUUUCACAGACAGCGAUGUGAAUGUUAAGCACAAAUGUUGACAACAGUAGAACUCACAUCAAGACUACUUUAAUGUAAGCAGAGCACUAUUGGACUGUGACUGAGGAGGAAGAAUUUAAUUUGUCACCACCUAUGGUGGGCAACCAUAUCAAGCUAACUCUUCUCAACUGUAGUGAACAACAAACUCUGGAAGCAUUUAAAAGACAGAUUUGCUUCUAAAAAGAAAGCACAAAAUUAAUUUUUAUAAUACAAAUUCAACUUUGUUGAGGACUAUCCUCAUCUCCACCAUGAAGAGAACUAACCAUUUCUUGUAUAUUCCUUUUUUUUUUAUUGUGAAAAAGCAUCUUUCAAAAUAUACUAUACUGUCCUCAUCUCCACCAUGAAGAGAACUAACCAUUUCCUGUGUGUUCCUUUUUUUAUUGUGAAAAAGCAUCUUUCAAAAUAUGCUAUCCUGUCUGCACUUCAGCACAUUUCUAACAAGAGAGAUGAUGUUAGGAAAUGCAACUAAAACCCAUGCUAAAAAUCAACCAACCAACCCAUAUUUCAGAAUAUGAAUACCAGUUAGUAUUACUUCACCGUCCACUUUCACCAACCCUUAUGUCUUUUUAAGCUGUGUAUGUAACUCAGAAAACCACUCAGGUGAUGGCCAGUUAUGGUACUGGGUGUAUAAACGGUUUAUUGAAUAAAUUCCUGUUCCUAAAAAUAAA